UAAUGGCAUCAGAGACUGAUAGUGAAUGGAGCAGCAAAUGUUGGUUGAAUUUAUUAUCGUGGUCCAGCUGAUUGGGUGCGCGUUUUUGGGUAUAAAAGUGAAAAAAAUGUACACACAUGCAGUAGUUCAUUUCGGAAGACAAACAUGAAAGCGAUCGUAGUGUUGGCAUUGUGCGUGGCCGCCGUAGCGGCUUUGACCGACGAGGAGGUUUGGUUGCAGUACAACCGUCGUAUGCCGGGAGAGUUCUACACCAAGGGAAUGCCGGCUCGUCCGCCGUACAUGGGUAGAAUCGUUGGUGGAGUUGAAGCCGACAUCGCCAACUAUCCGUACCAGCUGUCCCUUCGCCGUGCCUCGCACAGCUGUGGUGCGUCCGUGAUUGCAGCCCGGUGGGCACUGUCCGCUGCUCACUGCACGUUCCCAACGCCGGCACCGACCGCUAUCACUCUGCAGGGCGGCAGCUCCAACCGCCAGGAGGGAGGAGUUGUGUUCACCGUCGAGGAGAUCAUCAACCACCCGAACUACGAUGACUUCAAUCUGCGCAACGACGUGUGUGUUCUGCGUACCACCGUCGACCUGGCUGGCGUGAACAUUGCUCCGAUCGCUUUGGAUCCUGUUGGUGCAAGCCAUGCCCCUGGUUCCCGCGCUGUUCUCAGCGGAUGGGGUCUCGAUGAUGACCGAGUUCUCCCGAUCAUGCUCCGACGCAUUGACAUUCCGGUUGUUGAUCAGGCUCUGUGUGCCUCGCAGUGGAAUCCUGGAUGGGUUUCGGAUGACAUGAUCUGCGCCAGCGAACCUGGACGUGAUGCUUGCAAUGGUGACAGCGGUGGCCCUCUGGUCGUUGCUGGACAACAGAUUGGUAUUGUUUCGUGGGGCGAUAGUCUGUGCGUCGGAACCAGCCCAGGUGUGUUCGCUCGUGUCGCUUUCCCAUUGAUCCGCAACUGGAUCAACCAGGUUACCGGUGUUUAAAGGAAGUUGACUACGCAUCAGGAAUAAAGUUUUGACCUUUUUGUAUAUACAAAUGAAGUUAUUAGUUUCAAAA